AUGCAGGCCGCUAUCAACCGACACGACGCAGGCGGGCCAGCGAUCCUAGCUGGUAAACUAGUGGGCAUCAUCUCCUUCGGGCCAUCGGUGUGCGGGUACCCUAACGCCCCCACGGUAUUCACACUGGUCGGCGCCUUUUCUGACUGGAUUGAGACUGUCAAUGAGACCAUGCCAGACUACUACCGCGCAAGAGCCCGGUCCACGACCACAACCAGGAGGCCUAUCUUUGAAUACCUGGGCACCAUAUUCAACACUCCUCCCCCCACCGAGGCACAGGGAAUCGAGAUCCGGCCGCUAAAGUUGAUCACCUUAGAAGCCACGCCACCUACCGUACCCACCGAGGUGACCACUGAAUAUGUCGAGGAGGAAACCACCGAGCCUCCAGGGUUGAGGUUCUUGAAGGAUCAGUUCAGUGACGCAGACUCUUGGGGUGAUAAGAAAUAA